UCCCUCUCUCUUUUCCUCUCUCUCUCUCUCUCUCUCUCUUUCUCUCUCUUUCUCUCUCUCUCUCUCUCUCUCUCUCUGCCUUCCUUUACUCCAUUAAGCGCGUCUCUGACGUCACAGGGCGAUUAACGUUCCUGAUUGGUCCCGCGAGCAGAUGGAGGAGUCCUAAUGAGCAUGGCUCGCGCAGAGAGAAAGAAGCAGGUUGACAUCUCGGCUGGACGGUAAAACGUGAAACAAACAGGCUCCAGGUCUCCGCCGCUCUCCUCUUUCUACAGACCGUAUACCGUGGCCGCGGGAGACGGUCUGUCCUCUCCUCUCCAGCUCUUCCUCCUCUUCCUCCUCCUCCUCCUCUCCCUGACUUCUCCUCUCUUUGACUGCAUGUUGAGCCACACUGCCUCCCUCUGCAUCUUCACUUCGGCCCCGCCGCAGCCCGGGCGAGCAGCAUGGACAGCCGGGUACUCGAGCAUCCUCACGCCCAGUUCGGAGGCUCCCUGGGCGGGCUGGUGGGCUUCCCCUACGCGCUCGGUCCUCAUCACCACCACCACCACCAUCACCAGCACCUCUACGAGCUCGCCACCGGCGGACACCAGCUGCAGUCCGCGGCCGCCGUGCCCUUCUCUAUAGACGGAUUACUUAACGGCUCCUGCUCGGCCUCGGUGGUCGGAUCCAACGCGCUGCUGUCUCCGGACAGCCAGCAGUACAAACUAUCCGAUUCUGGAGACCCGGAUAAGGACUCUCCCGGUUGUAAACGGAGACGCACGAGGACGAAUUUCACCGGGUGGCAGUUGGAGGAGCUCGAGAAGGCGUUCAACGAGAGUCACUAUCCAGAUGUGUUCAUGCGGGAGGCGCUCGCGCUCAGGCUUGACCUCGUGGAGUCCAGGGUUCAGGUUUGGUUCCAAAACCGACGUGCUAAAUGGAGAAAGAAGGAGAACACAAAGAAAGGGCCGGGGCGGCCUGCUCACAACUCCCACCCGACCACGUGCAGCGGCGAGCCCAUGGACCCCGAGGAGAUCGCACGCAGGGAUCGAGAGCGGGCCGAGAAGAAGAAGCGGAAGCAGGAGAGGAAGCUGCUGAAGUCUCAGAACAAACUUCUCGCGGGCGACAGCUUCCACACACCCGGAGGUUCAGAGAGCGACAGCGGCGUCUCCCAGUUCACUGACAGCGAGCAGCAGUCUUCAGGGAGUAUUCACCUUGAACUGCCAGCAUCAAAGGGUGCAGGAGGACACCAAACUGAAUCCAGCUGUGACCAAACACGACACGACUUCAGCCAACUACAAAACCACCAAAACCAAAGAACCGCGGGAGAACCGGAGCAGGUUUCUCCAGGCAGCACGCACAGCUCCAGUCCUGGAGGCCCGAGGUCCUCCGCCCUGCAGAAACGCAACCCUUUCAGCGUGGAGAGCCUCCUCUCCGACGCCACGCCUCGACGGAAACCUCAGCUGGACUUCCCCUCGUUGCCCAGUCAGAGGACACUGGUGGGUAAAGGUCACUUCUUGCUUUACCCCAUUACCCAUCAGCCCUUGGGCUUUCUAGUGCCCCAAACAGCCCUGAAGGCCUCACCGUGUCAGGACGUUAACAGGCUCAGCCUGGGACAGAGGAGCCCCGCUCCCUCUGACCUCUCCAGCUUUGUCACUAAGCCUCUAAACUCGGAUCAUACGGAGCACAACACGCAGCACCACCACAAUCACAUUAGCAAUAGAGUGGAUGGAACAGACACGGAGGAGUGUGGUGGUGACUGCAGCGACGGACGACUCCCCGUUUCUCCUCCGCCAGCAGACAGCGUGUCUCGGACCAGGCCGAGCCCCGGCGACGGCAGCAGCGAGGAGACGAGUUUGAAAGUUGUAACGGAGGCAGCGGCCGACGGCUGCCAAGCCGCCGAGCUGUGUGCUAAAGAGAAGGGUGUAAGAGAGGAGCGAGCGUCUCCAGACCUCUCCGAGUGUCUCAAGGCAAACACAGACUGUCAAGAAACACCCGGAACAGAUGGAGAGGAUGUCGAUAUGGACUAACACUUUCCAAGGAGCAAACAUAAACAAAGGACCAGGAACACCGCUCAGACUAUUCAAACAUUCCCAAAGCUCUGCUGAGACACUCGAAAAACACAUAUCAGGAAUCAGGAGACUUAAUUCUCAUCUAUUUUUUAAUCAUAAUGUGUGAUCAAUCCAGAUGGCCCCCCCAAAAAAAGCUGUCCUCAUAUUCAGGCGUUAGGCCUCAACACCUUUAGAAGCAGCUUCUCUUUCUCCUUUACGGGGACCAACUUGUAACAAUAAAACAUCUUACACACAACAAAAAUCCUCAGAUAUUGUAAAAAGGAGAAAAUGAUAUUUAUAUGUAAACAUUUUGAUAAAUAAAGUUAUUGUUUAAAUUGAA